UUUUGUAAUUAUUUAAAUUAAAAAUAUUAGUAAUACCAAUAUACUGAAAUUCUUAUACCAAACCACAAAUUUUCCAUUUUUUUAUUCAUUACAUAUAUUAUUCUAACCUAAUAUGUAAUCAUCAAAAUAUUUGAUUUAAAAAAAAGUUAUGUAUUUUAAUAUUCUUAUAUACGUAAACGUGAUGUUAAAUCUAAACCUAAAACCUAAAACAAAUUUAUAAACAACAAAAGUUUUUCUCCACAGCAUCACAUGAAAGAUGAUUUAUUACAUGAUUUUUAAUAAUAAUAUAAAAGACAUUACUAGUGAUGUUGGUUUUUUUAAUUUUGCUUUCAUUUAUUUUAAUUCUUAUAUAUUUUGUGACUUUUUGAGAGUUUUUAUUUCAAUUUUAUAUUGAAUUUAGUUCACAUAGUUUAUGUUACAUAAUUAUGUUUUAAAAUAUAAUUUUUUUUAAAAAAUUAAAUUAAAAAGAACCUAAUUUAACUGAUCUAAAAUCCAAACUGUAACGAACCAAAUACAAACCGAACCAAAUACAAACCGAAUCGAAUAUAAUCCAAACCGAAUACAAACCAAACCGAAUAUAAUUCAAAUCGAACACAAAUCAAACCGAACCGAACUAAACUGAAUUAACUAUAAUUUAUUUCAGUUAAAAUAAUAAUAUAACCGAAUCGAUAAAAUAACCGAAGUGCCAACCCUUGCUUUCAUUAUGGAGAAUAUUUGAAUUAUCAUCUAACGUGCGAAAACAAAGAGUAAUAAAAAUAAUAAUCAUUCUUUACGUUGAAGACAAAACUCAAACUUUGCGGUGGGAACGCACGUGCGGGGUUGUUUGCACGUAUAGAUUUGUGUUUGCUACUAAUACAAGUUUGAAAAGUCAGCGUUCAUAGUCAAACAAGACAGGAUUUGGUCAAUUUCAAAGCUUUGAAUUGCUGACGGAUCAUUCAUUUUCCUCUGAUCGUUCCUCCCAUUGUAUUGUGUACCUUUUGCUUUAUCUUUCCUAAUCUUCUCUUUUGCCGAAAAUGGUAGGUUAUUUUAUGAAAAUAUUACAUUGAAAGACAGUUUCAAGUUUAAUAUUACACUAUGAGGCAGUUUGUACUACUAGGGUAGUUUUUCCUAACCAAAGCUAUUUCCUAGUCAUAAACUAACUAAAUAGCUUGUAAACAAAAGAAAGUAGGUCCCAUUUCUUUAACAUAUGAUUUCUACGGGAUUUAAUCACAUCUUCUUUUAGCAAAAAAAAGAAAAUGGGUCCCAUGUAACUUCUUCUUCGUUUUCUUCUCACGAGUUCUUUACUUUUUUUUGUAAAAUGAAUGUUGUUUUUUUAGAACUUUCUUUUUAAAAAAUAUGUUUAUAAUCAGUAUCUUUAUUAUUCAAUCUAUCUUUUGAGAUAUGUCAAGCUAUAUCUCUAAUGAUGGUAAAUCAUAAUGUAUACAACGACGUCAACAUUGUGAUUGAUUCAAGCUUCAAUCAUGGCAUUUAUGUCUUCUCGUAUCGCCGUACUCUGUUAUUGCUUCAAAACCGCAGGGGAGCCUCAACCAAACUCGAUUUCCAAGCUGCCGCGUUCAUUUUCCAUGUGGUGUCACACGACAAUUGAAUCCAAUCCGUCACGUUAUUCUUAGUGUGGCUCAAUCCUCUGUAUUGUGUCUCAGCUCCUCUUUUCUCGUUGUGAUUCAUCAUCGCCGUGAACUUCAUUCCUCUUUAGUGCCCCCUCUUACUGGCACGAAAAGCUCAAGAGUAACAAUGGCUUACUUUGGCAUUUUUGCACGUUUAACCCUUCAACUUUUGUCUCAUUUCAGUUUUGACCCCAAUAUUAUUUUAACGUGAGAUUGCUCCUUAAAUUUACUUCCAAACUGCUAAAUUUCCAUUUUAUACCUUGCGAUAUGCAAAUAAAUACACAAGUGCAAUAUAUACACCAAAAAUGUAACUUAAAAUGAUUAAAAUGAACUACCACAAGAUAUUCAAAAUCAUUAAAUUUUUAAAAUAUCAUAAUCUUGAAUCACUUACUUUUUAGAUGAAUCUCAAAUGAAUCGCUCUUGUUUAUGCUAAACGAUUUCAGUUGCUAUUGGACAAUAUUGGUCGUUUUAAUAUUCAAACCACUAAAUGUAUGUUAAAACCUAUUUGGUGUACAAAUGACGGGUGUACAUGUGAGUUUUUCUAAACAAGUAUACACGUGGACAAUGUUUACGGGUGUACAUGUGUAUACAUAUUUCAUUGUCCACGUGUAUACUUGUUUACAAAAACUCACAUGUAUGUGUGUGUACACAUUGGUGAUUUUGACCAUCAUUGCAAUCAUGGUUAUGUAUUCUUGAUUAUCAGAUGUAAAUAUGAAUCAUUGCAAAUAAAUUUAACAUAUUAUUUGGUGUCCAUAUAUUAUUGUACAAGUUAAUUGAUGUAAAUGUGAAUCAUUGUACAUGUGGAUAAUAAAAUUGUUGUGUGCAUGAUAUAGUGUACACGCCAAAUGCUUUUUAAAUUUACGGUUUCAUUUAUGCAUUUUAGAAAAUCUUACUAGUUUAUUUGUGUUAUUUUAACAUAUGUAAAGAAGUUGUACACAUAUGGUGACCGGCGCUUACUAAAAAAUACCAAAUAUACAUAACAAAAGUCAAACUAAAGUUGUACACAUGGUUUUGUGUGUUAAUCAUAUCUAAUAAUUUUAAGCUUUUGAUUUUUGUUCUUUUAAUUCAUUUUAUAAUGCAUUUAAAUAUGUGCACAUAUGUUCUCAAUUGCAUUAGCAUUGGGGUUGUAGUACAUAAUCAGUUUUUUUUUUUUGCUAAAUCAAAUAGACAAUUGUUUACUUUUGAAAGUUUGGAGGAAAAAAUUAAAGCAAUCAAAAGACCAAGUAUCAUUCGUGCAAUUAUGAUGAUGUACUAGAAUGAAGAAUCAAAACGUUUGUGAGUGAUUUUGUGUACAUUUUGAAACAUGUACACGUGUACAACCAAAAUGAACCAAUAUAUAUAAACUAGUUGUACACAUAUAGGUUUAGGGUUAGAUAUAUGCACAAUUAAUAAGUUUAGGGUUAAAAACAAAAUUAUACAAACGUUAAGGACCAAAAAUACAAAAAAAAAAACAAAAGUGGCCAUUGAUGUUCCCGAGCUUCUACGGUGCCGUGACGGCGAGAGAGAUAAGGUCACGACGCUGGAAACAUUGUUGCAACGCAACGGAAGAGAUGACAAAGUGAAUUAACGCGUCUGAGGAGAUGAUAAAUAAUAUUACAACAGAUCAUGGCCUUCGAAAAAGUAGAAGACGACGAUAUGCGUUUACGGCAAGUAUUCAAGUGACUACCGUUCAGUUUCUUCCUCUUCAUCUUUUUUUGCCAUUAAAAUUAUUGUUUUCCAGAUUUCUUUUGGAAUUUUUCUACCAUUAAAAAUUAUUUCUCUUUAAGAGAGAGAGAAAGAAAACAAAAUUAAAAGAAAAAUUGUGGGGUCUAUCUAGUUUCAAUAAAGAACGUAGUUAUCUUGUAGUUGUGAAAAACUACCUUAGGAGCAAUAACUGUCUUAUGGUGUAAUAAAAACUCAUAAACUGCUCUAUAGUGUAAAUCACUCUUAUUUUAUUGUUCAUAAAAUAUCAUUUUGGAAUAUUUCAAUUCGUUUUCUUCUCUCAUAAAAUAUAAAGCACUCUAUACUUUUGUUUGCAAACAUACUAUUAUUGCGAAUCUGUUUGGAGUGGGGUUAGGGUUGCUCUAAGUGGUAGAGAUGGUUUUAUUGGUUAGACAAAUAAACCUAAAUUAGAUAUCGUUAUAUAAACAAAUUAUUGUGUAAUAUGAGAAAAAUAUAAUUCACGCAUUAAAAUAUACAUGGCGUAUAUGUCGUCGCUAACUGAUAAGAUCAAAAUAUAAGUUUUAUCCAUAUCUAUAUCUAACUAAAAAUCCGAAUAAAAUUAUAGAUUUUAUAUUCUCAUUAAGACAAAUUAUAUUCUUAUGAGAAUUUUUAUCUCAACCUAAAUCUCAAAGACAAAUAUUAUGUUUGAAGAGAAACAUGAAGAUGGGAAUGAAAAAUAUAAUCAUGUUCUUAAUUAAAAAAUAUAAUCAUAAGAUGUAACAAAAAAAAACAAGUGGAUGUAUGUGAAACGUCCAAGUGAUAGUUUGAGGAUUCAGCUGCACAGUUCAAACAUGAAAACGAAUGUUCAACAACUACAUUGAUAUAUUAUAUGCAUUUGAUAUUGAAUUGAUCAAAGUAAUUUUAUAACAAAACGAAACUUAAUCUGAUUGGAUCCAUAUAUUAAUGCUUAACCCCCCCCACCCCCCCCCCCCCCCUCCCCCCCACACACACACAUACCAUCAAUUAGAAAACCUUAGACGACACAAAUAUUAAUUAAUCCUUGGUAAAUUAAAUGACAAUAUGUGAUGUCUAAAAUAAUUGGUGUCACAUCCGGAGUAUAGUUUUUAUUUGAUUUUUAGACAGUACAACUAUUUUUUGAUUAUGACGACAUAAUAGUAACGUUAAAUUGAUUUUCUUGCACAUAAAAUCCGUAUUAUAAACACGUUGAGGUUAAUUGUAAAUACUUACAUACCAAUUUUCAUAUAUUAGUUGAAGACUCAAUUAAAAAUUUAAACGGACUUGCUCGUAUAUACAUAAUAACCCAAGAAACCAGGGUAACCAAGACUACUAUUGUGAUCCAUUAGAUCGAUCGGAAAAUAGUACAAUAUUGUAAGAGAGAUUUAAAUUCUAUGCUUCCAUGUAGGAGGUCUCUUUUGCAAGUGGACACUCGUAACAGACCCACUAUAUAUCAAUUUGGAGUACAAGCCAAUAUAAGGAAAAAGACGGAAAUAAAAUAAAAUUUCAACAAAAUUCCAAAUUACUGGUGGAAAGGAGGAGUAUAUAAGACUAUUUGAAGUUUUGAAAAAAAAAUAUAUGAAAAGAAACUUCAUAAAGAUGGGUUAAAGUGUGGCUUUUGAACCGAACUUUGCAUGAAAACCAAGACAAUUUGAAGUUUGAACAAACAAAAAGGUGAAAUUGUUUUUCAUAAAGAUGAAUUAAACAAUGGCUUUUCAUGAAAAUCAUUAGGAGCUUAAGAUUUCAGCACUGCAGAUUUAUCGACUAGAGUAGCCCAAAUGAUUAUUUAUAAUUCGAUAAACAUCAAUUAACGAAUAAGUUGCGUGUGUGUGUGUGUUUGUGCAACUGUUCUAAACUGAAAAUAAUGAAGUUGAAAAUUAAGAAAGCUAGCAAGAGUGCUGACAAAAAAAAAAAAAAAAAAAAAAAGAAAGCUAGCAAGAGUAUAAACGAAAGAGUAAAAGGCAAAAAGUGAUCAGAUGAUAUUAUUUCGUGUCUAGGUGAAAUGCAUCCCGAUUUGUGCAGACAUUUUAAAAGUGUCCCAUUCAAAAUAGCUAUGACCUACCUUAAUAUAUUUUUGUUUCACCACCAAACACAAAAUCUAAGCUAGAUUUCAAGUAAAUGAAGAUAUAUAUUAUUGGCGACCAUGUAAUUAAGUACACAUCUACAAUUUUAACAUCAAGUAGUUCUGUAUUUUUGAUACUUUAUCCCAUAACAAAUAAUAUUGUACUUUUACCAUUUUAACAUCAAGUAGUUCUGUAUUUUUGAAACUCUAUCCCAUAUUCCCAUAACAAAGAAUAUUACUUGGUUGAAGAUUUAUAUAAUAUAACAAAGAAUAACAGAUUAUAAGACCUUGGUCCUAUAGACUAACCUAGGGACAAGUUCCUUAACAAACCCGGAACUCAAAUUCAACACCGAGCGACAAAACAAGGGACAAGUUGCUAGCAACGACCAAUCGGCCCUAAAUCUCAUUUCGUCAUUUUGACACUUCAGCUUGAUAGUGUGGAUAAACGCACGUGUUUUAAUUCACGAACGUUCGUAGCAAUGAAAAAUCCACAACUUUCAUAUUUUAAUCAGCUUUUUUUAAUCUCCCACUACAAUACAAAACUGCAUAAACAUGAAAAAGACUUGAGGGGAGGGGUUCAUGAACCUUAUCUACUAUAUAAACCCUUUCAUCGUCUUCCAUAAGAAAAAAAAUUAAACAUUUGACAAUCAAGUUAAAAAAAAAAACAAGAAAUUAAAAAAAAACAUUUUCGUUUACUUUAAAAAAAAACCACUUUCAUUCGCUUCUGUAAUAAUAAUGUACGGGGAGGGCGAGAUAACGGCGGCAGCAGAAUCCGAUUACGCUUUGUUGGAGUCAAUACGACGUCACUUGCUAGGAGGAGACAACGAGUUACGAAUCAAUGAGUCAAUACCGAGUUCAUGUUUCACUCAGAGUUGGGGAGACUUGCCAUUGAAAGAGAACGACUCCGAGGAUAUGUUAGUCUACAGUGUCCUCAACGACGCCUUUGAAACGCCGUCGCCGUCAUCGGACUUGAGCUGUCUCAGCGAUUUUAACUAUUUUCCGGCGGUUAAAACAGAAUCUUUGGAUACUUUCGCAGCGGUGGUUGAAAAACCGAAGGCGGUGGCGGCGCCGCCGGGGAAGGGAAAGCAUUACAGAGGGGUGAGACAGAGGCCGUGGGGGAAAUUCGCGGCGGAGAUACGUGAUCCGGCGAAAAAAGGAGCGAGGGAAUGGUUAGGGACGUUUGAGACGGCGGAAGAUGCAGCUUUGGCUUACGAUAGAGCUGCUUUCAGGAUGCGUGGUUCCCGCGCUUUGUUGAAUUUUCCGUUGAGAGUUAACUCCGGUGAACCUGACCCGGUGAGGAUCAAGUCAAAGAGGUCUUAUAAGUCUUCUUCGUCGUCCUCUUCUGCAAACGGGAAGCCGAAGCAGAGGAGAAGAACAGAGAACGUGCCAUAGUUCAGGUGAAGUGCAUAAGAGACACGUGUCAACCACUUGGUUUGGUAUCGUUAGUUUAAUGUGUGUUUUGUA